UUAAUCCACGUUGGCGUCGGUGUCUUCCAUAAUGCAAGUGCUUUAUUGCUUCCCCCCAGUCUGUGUUUCGCUACCACAACCAGCUUAACUAUUUCUCGUCGCUUGUUGCUGUAGGAGAGAAGGGAAUUCUCCUCUUUUGCUGGCAUGAAUGGCGCGGAAGCAAACGAUGACGCUGGAUAUGGACUUCGGAAUGAGAACGCCAGCUUCCUCCUACUCUGCUUCAUUAGCUACCGUUGCACCGCAGCAAGAUGCUGCUGCUCCAGCUUAUCCUUACGGCCUGCCACCCGCCGUUGACGCUCUCCGCGUCACCGACGUCCUCGACUUCUCCGGCCGCGAUCUCUUCCCCUCAGCUUUUGGUGCUGACACCCAAUUCUUUACUGCCGGUGGAACCGCAGAAACAGACUCAUCUUUCGACCUCUACGUUCCGAGCGAAGAGGCGGCGGAGCUGGAAUGGCUGUCGCAGUUCGUGGAGGACUCUUUCUCUGACGUCCCUUACCAGUACACCGGCCUUACGACCCCCGCCAGCGACAAGCAGCUCUUAGUGGACCAACGCAUUGCCGGUGACAACCAGCUAGGCGUGGACCAAUGCGUUGCACGUUGCGCAGCGAGAAGCAAGCGGUCCAGGAGCAGCAAUCCUACCACGGUUUGGUCCUCGUUAACGCCACCACCGCAGUCCUCGCCGUCGUCCUCGUCCUCGUCCUCGUCUGAUUUCCCACCUUCCCAACCUGAUUCCAUCGGUAUUAAGUGUAUUAGCAACAGAGGAAGUGGCAGUAAUGGCGGUAGUGGAGGAAAGAAAAGCGGAUGGGGCGUCGGAGCGGCGGGCGGAGUGCGACGGUGCAUGCACUGCGCAUCGGAGAAGACGCCGCAGUGGCGGACGGGGCCGCUGGGGCCGAAGACGCUGUGCAACGCGUGCGGGGUGAGGUACAAGUCCGGGCGGCUCCUGCCGGAGUACCGACCGGCGGCCAGCCCAGCCUUCGUGCUCACCCAGCACUCCAACUCCCAUCGCAAGGUCAUGGAGAUCCGCCGCCAGAAGGAGCUCCUCCUCCGCCAUCACAAGAACCAACCGCCCGCCUCUGCGGCUGCCGCUGCCAAUAGGCCAGAGCCCCUAUAAAAAGCUCAUUUUUGCAGGAUCACAACUUCCAUUACUGUAUUUCCUUUCCCUUUGCAAAAAUACCAAAAUGCCUUUAUUGUAGAAAAUAAAAAGUUUCUACCGAAUCUACUUUGAACUGAA